AAAUUGUCACCCUAUCUCUCAGCACCCUUUCCUCAACACACGUCGACCGGUCAUUGGCAACAGGCAAGCCAUCCUGCCAUACCCAUAUCACCAUGGGCCUCGAUAAAGCUCAGCCCCAAGCUCCCAUGGCACUGGAAAGAAAGUGCACAGGUCUUGUUGAGUCUCGCUUAUCCAUGGCACUGCCAAUUUCUUCCUUCGCACUCUGCAAUCCCAAGGCCAGGGUAGAGCUUCCCCACGGCGCAUCAGGGUCGAAUAGCAGCAAUUCAAGGCCGCCCACUCGUCUGCGAGCCACUAAAGGAGUGUCCAGCGUCUGCCAGCCUCUGCCCCCGGAUAGACCUCUAUGGUUCCCCGGGAGCUCGCCUCCUGAGUGGCUCGAUGGAAGUUUGCCGGGGGACUUCGGUUUUGAUCCUCUUGGACUGGGAUCGGACCCUGAACUGCUCCGGUGGUUUGCGCAGGCUGAACUGAUGCACAGCCGGUGGGCAAUGCUGGCGGUGGCCGGCAUUCUCGUCCCCGAGUGCCUCGAGAAGCUGGGGUUUAUCGAUAACUUCUCGUGGUAUGAUGCUGGGGCGCAGCAGUACUUUGCUGAUUCAUGGACAUUGUUUGCGGUCCAAAUGGUUCUGAUGGGGUGGGCUGAGGGGAGAAGGUGGGCUGACUACCUCAAUCCUGGCUGCGUCGACAUCGAACCCAAGUACCCGAACCGGAAGAAUCCGAAACCUGAUGUGGGAUAUCCCGGUGGACUGUGGUUUGAUUUUAUGAUGUGGGGGCGCGGGUCGCCGGAGCCCGUGAUGGUGCUGAGGACUAAGGAAAUUAAGAAUGGCAGAUUGGCAAUGCUGGCUUUCGUGGGCUUCUGGUUCCAAGCCAUUUAUACUGGGGAAGGGCCCCUGGAGAAUCUCAUGGCUCACAUUGCUGAUCCUGGUCAUUGCAACAUCUUCUCGGCAUUCACAUCUCUUUGACAUCCUUUUAUGGGCAACUCAGUGACUGAAUACUUGAUCUCCUGAGGGAAAAAGGUUUGAUUCUAUACGAUAUAUUCGAGCCAGUAUAGGAAAUGCCUGUGAGAUUUCCUUGGAAUUACUCACAUGACCUGAUUGAUCUCUUGGAAAUGCUCCAUCUUUAUGCCAUUAUCUGGUCACAAAUCAAAGAACGAUAUUGCUCUAUAUAAUACUAAACAUGUGAAGCAUAGUCAUACUUUUGCUCCUUCA